AUGGGCUUGGGCAUGUCGUGCCAACAGAUACUCCAUGAAAAGAAUCUUUUGCACAACCAUGAUUAUGAAUCCUCUUUUGAACCCCACAGUAUUGAUCGUGAUGAGCUGCCACUUCACCAAGCAGUAUCCCACGGGUCAGCAGACGCGGUCAAGCGGCUUUUGAGACAAAAAAGUCUCGAUUUGGAGGCCCAUGAUCGGAACGGCUAUACGCCGCUGCAUCUCGCCGUUUGGAACCAACGUUUGGAGGUGGUUGAUUUGCUUCUGAAGCAUCCUCAUGCCAGCGUGAAUUGGAAAGACCAAGAUGGCAACACAACGCUUUGGUUGUCAACUUAUAUGUCAUGCGAUGGGAUAACCGAGAGGCUCCUGAAUGAGAGGAGCAUUGACAUCAAUUCCAUCGGGGGGUGCGGCAGAUUCCAGACACCCUCCACAUCUCUACACCAUGUCGUGAAAAGAUUAGACACCGUGGUUCUACGGCGGCUUCUUGCAGUGCCAGGGAUUGAACUGAACAUCUGUGCAGCGGGCCAGUCCCCAUUCUCCGUCGCUGUUAAGACGAUGAUGAUGCUUCUGAACGUAGCGGGCGUGUAA